AUGGAGGAGCUAAGCACAAUACUAAACUCAUCACUACUCCGAAUGAAAGAAACUUCGACGAUAUCAACAUUCGUCGCUGUUCGUAACACAAGCGUUGUUGCGGCCAAAGUUGCAAGCAACGCGUACGAAUGGCGAUUCAUACUACCCCCUUAUAUACUGAUAUUUAUGCUGUCAAUAUCAGGGAACUGCCUUGUGAUAGCCACUUUAGCCAGCAAUAGAAGAAUGAGGACGAUUACCAAUGUAUAUCUGCUAAACUUGGCGAUAUCAGAUUUCCUGCUUGGCGUGUUCUGCCUGCCAUUCACGCUGGUCGGACAGAUCUACAGACGUUUCCUGUUCGGAGCACUGCUGUGCAAACUCAUUCCGUUCCUACAGGCUGUGUCCGUCUCCGUGGACGUAUGGACACUAGUCGCGAUAUCCUUGGAGAGGUACUUCGCGAUCUGCCGGCCAUUGAAGUCCAGGAAAUGGCAGACACAAUGCCAUGCAUACAAGAUGAUAGCCAUGGUCUGGAUACUGUCAAUCAUGCUGAACACACCCAUACUGAUCGUGUCUGAUCUGCAGCCGAUGAGGGGGAAUGCCUUCAAAUGCCGGGAAGUCUGGACGAGCUUGGAGUUAGAACGCGCCUUCAACCUUGGCUUAGAUGCUGGCCUGCUGCUGCUACCGAUCUCCAUCAUGUCAUUUGCGUACUCCUUAAUCGUCACCAAGCUGUGGAGGGGGAUGAGGCAUGAGAUUCAACAUAACUUCAAGUGGCAGCGACAUUUAACCAGUUGUAAAAGCAAUCACCUGAUACCAACGACGCCGAUCAUCAAAAGUAAUUCAGCUGAAAUAUGCUGCAAGAAGUGGUACACGAAGAAACUACAAAAGGAUGAUUCAGAACAAAGGCUGGAUGUGGACAAUAACAGCACCCAGUCUUACUGCAUGCAUACAGUUGAUAUGGAGUUCCGACACGUUGUCAGGUCAACGCAUAUUGACAAGAGCAUAGAGGCGAAAAGAAAAGUAAUACGCAUGCUGUUUGUCAUCAUUCUGGAGUUCUUCGUGUGUUGGACUCCACUACACGUUAUAAAUACGAUCUACCUAUUCUACCCCGACGAGCUGUACCAGUACAUAGGGCCUAAGGGGGUGGUCUCACUCCAACUCCUGGCCUACUGCUCCUCAUGCUGCAAUCCCAUCACCUACUGCUUCAUGAAUAGGAAGUUCAAGCAGGCCUUCAUCAGCUUGAUUAAGAGUUCCAGGAUAUUUGGCGCCUGUUUUCCUGAGAAAUCGGAAUGUAAGCAAGCUACUCCUCCUCCGGUGAGCUCAAGCCAGGAUGCUACUGCCUGUGUCAUAAGGGGCAGCCACACUGGACGCACAGAGCUGGAUGGACUGGAAGGGGAGGAUUGUGUUUAGCAGCGGUUCACACAGCACUGCUUUGGGAAGCGGCGUCCACCCCGCGCUGCCCGCGCCCGUGGUGGCGCGUCC